AGCCAUGUUUGACUACGACAAAAGCAAGGACAGUGGCCUCCCCAGUCAAGGACUCAGCUUCAAGUAUGGAGAUAUUCUCCACGUUAUCAACGCCUCGGAUGAUGAGUGGUGGCAAGCAAGAAGGGUCAUGCUGGAAGGGGACAGUGAAGAGAUGGGAGUUAUACCUAGCAAACGAAGGUAUGAGCACCCUCGCAGGGCAAGGUCCAGGACGCCCUUGUUUUUCGGCCAUGCCUCUUUUCCUUCACAGUCAUUCAAUGACAAGCGUAAAAAGAACUUCAUCUUUUCACGAAAAUUCCCAUUCUACAAGAGCAAGGAGAUGAGUGAGCAGGACACCAGUGACCCGGAACAACAUCUGUCUUCUAAUGCCAGCGAUAGCGAAAGUAGCUACAGAGGACAAGAGGACUGCAUUCUCUCCUAUGAACCCGUAACAAGGCAGGAAAUUAAUUACACCAGGCCGGUUAUUAUCCUUGGCCCAAUGAAAGAUCGGAUAAAUGAUGAUUUGAUAUCUGAGUUUCCUGACAAAUUUGGCUCCUGCGUCCCACAUACCACCCGACCGAAGCGCGAUUAUGAAGUGGACGGUCGAGAUUACCACUUUGUCAUCUCCAGAGAACAAAUGGAAAAAGACAUUCAAGAGCACAAAUUCAUCGAAGCCGGCCAGUAUAACGACAAUCUCUAUGGGACCAGCGUGCAGUCCGUGCGAUUUGUAGCCGAAAGGGGCAAGCACUGUAUCCUUGAUGUAUCAGGAAACGCAAUUAAACGUCUUCAAGUUGCACAACUCUACCCUAUUGCAAUCUUCAUUAAACCUAGAUCGUGGGAGCCUUUGAUGGAAAUGAAUAAACGCCUCACAGAGGAACAGGCCAAGAAAACCUAUGAACGCGCCAUGAAAUUAGAACAAGAAUUUGGAGAAUAUUUUACAG